AUGAAAUACACCAAUAUUACCACUAUAAAAGAGUUCAUUAUUAUUGGAUUUCCUGGACUUCCUCCUGAAUAUUAUGGUCCAGUGUCUGUUCUUCUUCUUCUUGUUUUCCUUGCUAUUGUAAUUGGAAAUGGUUUCACUAUAGCUGUUAUCAUUUUUGAGCGGACUCUGCACAAACCAAUAUAUGUGAUCUUUUCUAACCUUGCAAUGACAGACAUCUGCUUUGGCGUGGUGACGCUUCCAAAAAUCAUAGCCAGAUACUGGUGGAAUGACAUGAUCACUUCUUUUGGAGCUUGUUUUACACAGAUGUAUUUUGUUCAUUCUUUGGGAGCUAUUCAGUCUUUAAACUUGCUGAUGAUGGCUUUGGAUCGUUUUGUUGCCAUAUGGUUUCCUUUUAAAUAUCCCGUUUUAUUUACAAACAAAGCAGUGGCUAUUGCUUGCACCAUGUGCUGGGUUUUAACAUUUAUACGUUUGCUGGGAAUUGUGCUUCAUGCCUUAACUUUGCCUUACUGUGACCAGAAUAUUAUCAUGCAAUGUUACUGUGAUCAUAUAUCAAUAACAAGGCUGGGAUGUGGUGAUGGACUGGCAUAUGUGAACAGUGUUGCACUUGCUAAUGCAAUGGUCACUCUCCUGGUUCCUUUAACAUUCAUAAUUUUAUCCUAUUUUUCUGUCAUCAUAGCUGUUCUGAGGAUGUCUCAGACUGAGAGACGUCACAAAGUCCUGUCCACUUGUGCCCCUCAGCUCUUUAUUACCUGCCUUUACUAUGUGCCAAGAUGCUUUGUUUAUCUUGCUAACGUUUUAGGAUUUAAUUUCAGUCUUGUUAUUCGGAUUAUUAUUACAAUGUUGUACAGCCUCAUACCUGCUGCUGUUAAUCCAAUGAUUUACUGUUUCAAGACUAAAGAAAUUAAAAAUGUUUUGAUGCGGAGAUUCAAAAAAAGAAAAGUGAGCACUGGAUUAAAAACUGACUGUAAAUAA